AUGAGCGAACUGGAAGGAGGUCUAUGCCUCGAACAUGGAGAACGCCCCUACUAAAUAAAGAGAAGUGGCCUGCAACUGAUCAGCUGUGCGUCGAUGAGCACCAACUGGCCGCGAUACAGGCAGCUCUCACGAAGCAGUUGACUGUCAUCACUGGUCCGCCAGGGACCGGAAAGACGCAUGUAGGCCUGAAGCUUAUUCAGCUUUUUGUUCUAAAUAAGGAUCGAUGGAGUGAUAUCACAGGUUCAUCUUACGAGGGAAAUGAUGGUGGACCACUUCUCUUCAUGUGUGCCAGUAGGGGAACUCUUGAUGAAUAUCUCACUGGAGUGUCUUUCUUUCAGCGGACCGGAAUCGUGAGAUGGGCUGGUCAGUAUACAAGGAAGUCUCUUCAAGAAUAUCAAAUUGAAAAUCUGCGUGAGAAACAGCCUGUGUCAACGGCUAAUGAAGACCAGUUGUCUAGUAAGAAACUAGAGAAGUGCAAGAAGAGACUUUGGUAUGUACAGGACAACAUAGCGAAUCUUCAAACCAAGAUGUUCCCGGAAGAGAUCCUCAAAGUGGUCAUGGAUGAAAAACACUACCAGAAGCUGAAAGCGGGGAAAGAACUGAAUUCCUGUGCAGUAAUCUUGGAGUGGCUUUUGUCAAACAACAGCUGUGGAGACGAUCUUCGUAAGCUUGAGGAAGGUAUCCCAUUCAAUUUGUCCCGCUUUACAUGCCAGGAUGGAGACGGAGAUGCAUGGUUAGAACAGAAUCUCCCAUUUGUGCUCGACUCCCUAGCUCCCCACCUGUCAAACCAGACAAGAAACUUUGUGAGUAAGCAACUUACUUCCAGGGACAAGAUGACAGAUUCAGAGUCAAAGAAGGUCGAAGAUGUGUGGAGACUGCAUUCGCAAAAUCGAUGGAGAAUCUAUCGACUUUGGAUUACCAAACUGGAAGCCAGAUGCAAUCAAAGAGCAAUGGCCAUCUUCAAGGAGAUGGAGCAGAUCUGCCUUGAUUGUCAGAAGAUGCAUGACGUCGUUGAUGAAUCUAUUCUUAAUUCUGCGUCUGUAAUAGGCAUGACUGCUUCGUCGGCUGCUAAGAACCGAAGGGUUCUACAACGUAUCAACCCACGAGUCAUCAUCAUUGAAGAAGGAGCCGAUGUUCUUCAGUCAAUAACGUCGGGCAUAAUCCCAUCUGCCUGUCAACAGCUCAUCAUCAUCGGCGACAAUGUCCCCAAAGAAGACCAAUUUCAAGCAGUAAGGAAGAUCGCAGACAUGCAGGGCAUUCAUGCUACUCUUAUGCAACAAUUGGUUGACAACAACUACUCCGUGUAUGAGCUUAAAAUGCAGCAUCGAAUGAGCCCGGCUUCAUCGAAGCUUAGCCGCCAACUGUUCAGCUACGAAUACACGAGUGACCAGUCAGUCAUCGACCUACCGUCAAUAACUGGCAUUAAACAGAACGUAUUCCUCAUAGAUCACAAUGUACAAGCAUCUCCAGGAACUUACGAAGUCUCGUUCUUACUGGAACUGUUUAGCUAUCUGUUAGGUCAGGGCUUUGCACGGAAACAGAUCUCAAUCCUUGUCUCAUUCCCAGCCCAGCAGAAUCUCUUCGGCAGUGACAUGAGGGACCGACUUCUCACCGUUGAUAACUUCCGAGGUGGGAAUGACAUCGUCUUGUUCAUGAGUAACGGAAGCGAUAGAGGAAGCAGACCUGGAUGUCUGCUUAGGGAUCAACGUAUCGCCACUGUGUUGGGCAGCGCAAGAAGAGGAUUGUACAUCAUUGGCAAUUUCUCAUUUCUGUCCAGCCAGUGCACUAUGUGGGCUAGGAUCUUGGAAGAAGCACGACGACUUGAAUUGGUUGAUAGCUGUCUGAAGUUAACGUGCCCUCAUCACCCGGAUAAUCCAAUCACCGUUUCCUCAGUAGAUGGAUUUCAGCAGCUUAAAGAGAAACAAGGGUGUGGAUUACCAUGUCAAGCUCGCCUGGACUGUGGUCAUGGCUGUAAGGAACCCUGUCAUGAUCAUGACUCUGAGCAAGCAAAAGUCGUUUGCAAGCAGCCUUGCAACAAAUCCAUCUGUGAAAAUGGCCAUAAGUGCACCAGGAACUGCUCAGAACCAUGUGAAACGAAGUGCAGAGAGAAGAUGGAAAAACAGCUGUCAUGCGGUCACUUCCAACGCCUCCCAUGCCUUCUAUCCCCAAGUCAUGCUACAUGUAGAGAUAAAUGUGAACGGUUGCUUAGCUGCGGUCACAAAUGCACUGGUAUUUGCGGAGACCCAUGCAAGAAGGAAAUCUGUGUUGAGAAGACAACAAAAUCCAACUGGCCUUGCAAACAUACUGUGGAGGUGCGUUGCUGCGAUGGCCCAGAAUCGUGUCCAGAUCCAUGUAACUUUGCCUUAGCAUGUGGGCACCCGUGCUCCGGAACUUGCGGAAAAUGUCGGCGUGGAAGACUCCAUGUGGUGUGUCAACAGCCCUGUGGUCGGACACUUGUCUGUGGCCACUCUUGUGAGAGUAAUUGUGCGGCCCAGUGCCCUCCUUGCACGAAGCAAUGUCAAAAUAGAUGUCAGCACAGUGAGUGCAGGAAGUUCUGCGGAGAAGCUUGUAUACCAUGUAAGGAAUCCUGUCUCUGGCGAUGUCCUCACGUCUCGUGUGCGAAGUUGUGUGGAGAACCUUGCAACCGGAAGCCAUGUGAUGAACCCUGUAAGAAAAAUCUGCCUUGCGGUCAUCCCUGCAUUGGAAUGUGUGGAGAAAGAUGCCCUACCAAGUGCCGUGUGUGCAACAGAGAGGAGGUGACAGAGAUUCUCUUCGGUAGUGAGGACGAGGAAGACACAAGGUUUGUUCAGCUGGAGGACUGUGGUCACGUGAUCGAGGUCGAGGCCUUGGAUCACUACAUGAGCAUGACCCAAGAUACCAGCGAUGACGUAACUAUUCAGCUGAAAGGAUGUCCCAAAUGCAAGACGCCUAUUCGAAGGAAUCUCCGCUAUGGUAAUAUCAUCAAGCAGACCCUAGGAGACGUGGAGAAUGUGAAGACUAAAAUGAGAGGAAGCGAAGCAGAGAUCGAAAGCAAGAUGAACGAGCUCAAAGCUAAAUUGUCUCUACUCAGAAGCCACACGGCUUUUAGAGAUAGAUUUCUUGCCGAGAGAGACAUGCGGAAACUGGUCGCGGACUUGACGCAAAUGAAACAUCUAGAGAAGAUACUCGCUCGCCUCAACAGAUGCGCGUUCUUGCGAGCUAUUGCCGAUGUCAGAGCCAAGGUGUCAACUGGAACAAAUGUCACCUUUAUGUUGAAAACGCAAAUGCAUGCCUUGGAAAUGCGACUUCGAGAACUGAAGAACGAGGUUGUCGGGGGAGAGAUGGAUAAGUUCACCGAUCAGCAGAUGAAUGACCUACAAAGAGAAAUUUCUCGGGCUAAUCUUCGGUCUCAGGCCAUGACGGUUCUUACGCGCAACAUGACCAUGUUGAAUCAAAACAUGCAAAGUCGAUAUCUAAAAGCUUUCGAUAGUGUCGUUGACAAGGAAACACCAUUUACCGGUGAGAAUGAAGUUCAGGCAACUAAGCUUCUUCGACAACUUAAGCAGGAGAUGGGCCAUGUGGUUCUUGGUAUCACCGAUCAAGAGCGCGUUCAAAUUGUCAAAGCCAUCGGUCUCAGUCAAGGGCAUUGGUACAAAUGUCCAAAAGGUCACGUGUAUGCAAUCGGCGAAUGUGGGGGUGCUAUGGAAGAGACCAAGUGCCCCGAGUGUGGAGCAAAAAUUGGUGGAGGAAGCCAUCGCUUGACCGGUGGUAACCGAGUGGCUAACGAGAUGGAUGGUGCUACUCAAGCUGCAUGGCCGACCGGUGCCUUCGGCUAUGAUGAAUAUGAGGAGGAGGAAGAAGAAGAACAGGAACUUGAGUUUGAUCAGGAAGAUAUUGAAGAACAGUUUGAAAUUGAAAGGCAGAUCAGGGAAGAUCAGGUGAGAGAGGAAAGAGAACGACAGGAAAGGGAACGACUUGCGAAUGAGGAAAGAGAGAGACAAGAACGAGAACGACUUGUGAAUCAGGAAAGAGAGAGACAAGAACGAGAACGACUUGUGAAUCAGGAAAGAGAGAGACAAGAACGAGAACGACUUGUGAAUCAGGAAAGAGAGAGACAAGAACGAGAACGACUUGUGAAUCAGGAAAGAGAGAGACAAGAACGAGAACGACUUGUGAAUCAGGAAAGAGAGAGACAAGAACGAGAACGACUUGUGAAUCAGGAAAGAGAGAGACAAGAACGAGAACGACUUGUGAAUCAGGAAAGAGAGAGACAAGAACGAGAACGACUUGUGAAUCAGGAAAGAGUAGGAGAGGCAAGACAUUUGGAAUGGUUGGAGAGGAAGCGAAGAGAGAAGGUGGAAAGAGAGAGACAAGAACGAGAACGACUUGUGAGUCAGGAAAGAGAGAGACAAGAACGAGAACGACUUGUGAAUCAGGAAAGAGAGAGACAAGAACGAGAACGACUUGUGAAUCAGGAAAGAGAGAGACAAGAACGAGAACGACUUGUGAAUCAGGAAAGAGAGAGACAAGAACGAGAACGACUUGUGAAUCAGGAAAGAGAGAGACAAGAACGAGAACGACUUGUGAAUCAGGAAAGAGAGAGACAAGAACGAGAACGACUUGUGAAUCAGGAAAGAGAGAGACAAGAACGAGAACGACUUGUGAAUCAGGAAAGAAAAGAAAGAGCAAGACAAGAAACACAAAGAUUGGCAAGGGAGGAGAGGGUGAGGAUAGAAAGAGAGAUGAUGGUAAGAAAGAGACGAGAAAGAGAACGACUUGCAAAUCAGGAAAGAGAAGAAAAUGCAAGGCAAGAAAUACAAAGAUUCGCAAGGGAGGAGAGGGUGAGGAUACAAAGAGAGACGCUGGAAAAAGCGAGACGAGAAAGAGAAAGACUUGCGAAUCAGGAAAGAGAAGAAAAUGCAAGACAAGAAACUCAAAGAUUGGUAGUGGAAGAUUGGGCGAGGAUACAAAGAGAGAGGCGCGUGAGAGAAGAGAGAGUAAUAGAGAGACAGAGACAGAACCCUUUUGAAGAGGGACAACGUAGACUAAGUAGAAAUGAGCGCAAAGAUGAUAAUAAAAGUUGUACAAUUUCUUAAAUGCGCUUCUUCACAUUUUCCAGU